AACCAAAACUAUGAAUAUUUCUAAAACCUACAGCCCAUUUGGUCUGGACUACAUGUAUAUUUUUUUCAGUAAAGUGACUUCAAAUUGCCAGAUCUUGGAAGUACAUACACACAGUGUACAUGUAUGUAAUGUAAAAACAAAACGGACCAUUUUACUUUUAUCUCAUACUUACAUGUUUCUCUGUGGCUCCAAAUGCAGAGUUUUAUUUCAUACUACAAUUCACAUUUUCUUGUCCUUAAAGUAUGUUUUCUGUGUAACCAUUAUAAGUAAGAAACAUCCCAUUGCAUUCACUGUUGUUCUCGUUUCAUUGCAAAAAGACAACAAAGGCAUUUCAGCUUUAAGUGGUCAUUAAUUUUACUGCAAGGGACUGGGGUAAGUUUCAAGACCAACACCUUUUAAGCACACUGGAUGGAGUCUGCUCAUGUACAGUAGAUGUCUAUUGAAAUAAGAGCAAAUAAAUUUACAAGUAUGCUGUUUGGGCAAAUAUUAACUUACAGCUGUACAUGUGUAAAUAUUUAUAAUGUAAAUGUGUCUUUGCCUCUAGUCCUGCCAUGAUUAAAGACAUUGGAUGCGAAUGGGUUAUUUUGGGGCAUUCUGAAAGAAGAAACAUUUUCAAAGAAACUGAUGAGGUACGUGAUAUCAACCAGUCAUAAAGGAUGAAAAUGUUAUCAUUAUACAGGGGUGUGUGGAAAAAGAUCCUUAAUGACUCCUGAUCUGAUAUAAAAUUCUUCCUAUGUUCCACAAUCAAAUUAGAAGAAGAAUUUAUAGCAGCCUAACAGAAGUCACCUGUGGCUAUCUAUUUUAGGGCUAAUUAUAUUUUCUGGCUUGAAAUGUCAGUCUUUGCCAACACUGAGGUCAUGCCAGGCAAGACAUGCUAGUUUACAAAAUUUAUGUAAAAAUCGCUCAGGUUAUAGCCGAAUAAAUACGGCAUCACUGAAUAGCCUCAAUAAACCUUGUAAUUCAAGAUAAAAAAUAGAAAUACGGAUUAAAAUAGUUUUAAGCUAGUUUGAUUCUUAAUUUCUUUUGUCUGUUAGCCCUCAGUUAUUCAUGUUUGUUACAUGUAGCAGUCUCAUCAAUUUUCUUUGGCUCUUUACCCUAGUUAUUCAUGAGCUCAAUGAAACUGAGAAUCAAGUUGUUUUAGCAUCAUUUUAACCUAACCAACCACCCCCAAGUGUGAUGAAAUUAUAUAUAGAUGUGAAAUACAACUAAGAAAUGCUCAGAAAAAAAAAAUCUGAGCCCCCAGUGGGUUUCAAACCCAGGACCUUCCCGGUACCUGAAUUUUAGUUUUGACAGUGAUGUCUACCUCCCAGCGACAUGUAGCUACAUGUACUAAAAUGAAAAUAUCCCUGGUUUAUGAGUCUAAAGAGGUGAGGUUAAAGAUUUGUUUAUACUGAAAUAAUUAUAUUAGCUUAACCAGCUACAAUGUGCAGUGUACUUCACAGGCACCCCACUAAAAUAACUUAGAGGCAAAUAAUCCAAAAUAGAACUGAACAUAUCAGGAUUAAACACCCCAAACAAAAGGAGGCAACCAGUUGGCUUAUUUACAAGCAUGGCCCAGAAUUUGAACUCAGAAGGAUCAAGAACAAAUCCAGCAAGUGAUCAGAGCAGGACUCCAACCCGGAAUGUGGGUUUGAUGCACUGACCAUUCGGCUACAGUGCCCCCUAGUUAUUAGAUCAGUGCUGCUGAUUUAAAAUCCUUUUUUGUACCAUUUUCCUCAGCUUAUAGGAGAGAAGGUAGCACAUGCAUUAUCUGAAGGGUUAAAGGUGAUUGCUUGCAUUGGAGAACUGUUGUCUGAGAGAGAGGCUGGCAAAACUACAGAGGUGGUGUCACGACAGAUCAAAGCAAUAGCUGGUAUGUACUAUUUUUGUUUGCUAAAAAUAGAGUCUGCAGUGUAAUGCAGACUUGGGAAAAGGAGAGAUUCUAUGGACAGGCAGGUUACCCCACCAAGGCGGGUAACCUCACCUUCCUGGUGUCCCUUAUCUCCAUGCAAACAGGCCCAAGUUUCUGGACUGAGAAAUGUGGGUAAGUAGGAGAACAUUUCCCUAAGUGGUCGAAAAAGAAAACAAAAACUUAUGUCAACAACAACAACAACAAAAUCAGAAAAAGACUAUAACAAUUAAGACACUCCCUUCACACAUCCUCCCAUUUCAAAGAUGGAAAAAAUGUUGCGCUGUACACAAUGUGGCCUUUGCUUAGCUUUUUGUUUGUUUUCUGUCCAAGUUUGUAACUCUACAUGUACAUGACUUGUAUGCCCUUAAGUUACCAGUUGUCAUGUAUACAAUCUACUCUGUUGCUAUGUUAAGAAGAGACUUAUUCCUGGAGUUGCAUGUUAUCAUCUUUGUGACUCAUUUAUUUCUUCUUAUGUGCGUUGCUUACAGACAAUGUUUCUGAUUGGAGUAAAGUGGUGAUAGCUUAUGAACCAGUGUGGGCAAUUGGUACAGGAGUCACUGCCACACCCCAACAGGUAAGAGCCAGGAGUAUCACAUAUUGGAUUGGUUCUGUGUCACACUUUGGUGCACUGUGAACGAGUUCGAGGGCUGAAGCGGAAGUGAAUAAGUAGGAGAGAGGCCUGGAACCCACUGAGACGGAAAUAAAUAUUCAGGGCCCGUUUCGUCAGAGAUGGUCAAGUUUAACCCAGGAUUAAGCCAAAUUUUAAGCCGGGUUUUCUUGUCUAAGAACAUGCAACUCAACCUUACAAAAUUUGUUAAUAUAUUAAUACCCUUGAGCUUUUGCUCUGAGAGACAAUAAUGAUAACACAAAAUGUUGCUUUAAGCAGUGCAUAGGAAGGUAAAUACAAAAAGUGGAACAAAAGUUUAAUCCUAGAUUAACACUAAUCGGCCUUUCAGGAACCGGGGUCAGGAGUGAGAAUUGGGAUUUGGUUCACCAAACCCCUUCGGCCAAUUGCAACCGCUCCGGCACAGAGCUCGAUGUGCAUGAACGACUUGUUCCAGUUACGUGCCGUUGCCAUUAAAGGACAAAAAAAAAGAAAGAAAGUGAGAUUUUGGGAAGCUUCUUGAUUUUGGGGUUGGGUGCAAUCACCAAAUGAAGUAAUACCGAUACACAAGAUUGAAAAGACACUGGACGUGUCUUCAAUAAUUUAUGCCAGAAAUUGCCGCUUUAAUGAUUCUGGCGCUACGCGAUUCUCGUCGCACAGGAAACGAGACGCGACUGGUGACUCACUUUUGAGCGGUACUGUAAGCCGCGAGAGACCAGGUCGAGAUGGUUGUCCAGUGCAUGGUGGUAUUGUUUUGGGGACGAAUUUUCAACAUGGCGGCAAAUUCGUCAGCCAAAACAUUUCCACAAUGCACUUUGACAACCAUCUCAACCCGAUCACCCGCGCAACCUCAAAGUGGCGAAUAGCUAACCAACAGUAGUUUCCGCAACACCAAAAAAACCUCCCAAUUUUGGACACUGAAACGGAGGAAAAAAAUUUCCUCUAACAGUAUCUUUCUUUUCUGUGGUUGUCAUUUCCUUUAUUGAUUGCAGGCUCAAGAGGUACAUCAUCAGCUUAGAGGUUGGCUCAAAGAAAAUGUGUCAGCGGCUAUCGCUAGUUCAACGAGAAUUAUCUAUGGUGGUAAGUGAGCUAGUAAUCGGUCAGUGUGUUCGAAUACCCCGUUUAAGCGCUAUUGUGUAGUAAAUUCGAACCCUGAGAAAACAGACGACAUUUCGCGACGCCAUCACUGGUUUCCCCGCAACAGUAGAGAGCUUUAGAUUCUAGGACGAGGACGACAACGAGUACGAAAUUUCAUUUUCUCAAUACUGAGUAUUACUCUCGCGUGAACCAGUGUCGUUGUGGCGGGAAAACGUGAUAGCUGUCGUCAUUCUACUACGAGUUUUGGCGAGGUUAGAGAGUUUUAGAUUCGAGGACGAGGAUGACAUUUCACAUUAAGCUUUCUCGCCUAUUCUCUUAAAAUAGACAUCCCGGAAAGCUUCAUUGUACUUUUUUGGACCACAAAGGUUAGUUCGCUUAUUUCGGUUAAAGGAGGUAAAGCCCUCUCCCGAUCACUAACUAAAUGAUAAAAUUCCUGACGUUUGAUAACUUGUUUCGCCACUACAACAUUCUCGCUAAAACUCGUGGUAGACUGACGACGGCUACCACAUUUUCCCGCCAAAAUGACGUCGUUUCGCGCGUGUGCAGUACUUAGUAUUGAGAAAAUCUCGCUCUCGUAGUUGUCCUCGUCUUGGAAUCUGAAGCUCUCUAAUGACGCCGGUCUGAAGAACAAGCUUAGAAAUUCCGUUCUGAUCACGUGUGACUUCCCAGAUCUGGCUAUUAUUUCUGAUUGAUCAAGCAAAUUUUCAAUCAAUCAGAGGCACAACCGAGGUUACCAAACGGGAGGGAAAAAACCACCCAGCAACAAAUUUGAACAUGUCAUAGUGCCAGCCACUCUUCCAAAGUCAAACUUUUUCUGUACGAUUUACAUAUUCAUAUUACGCGCGUUAUAAAAGAUCCAUUGUCCAGUUGUCCCUAGUUAUUUUCGUUAUUGUAACGUACAUUUUUAUAUACCUAUUGCAUUUUUGUAUAUAGUAUAUUAAUUUUUAUUUAAAUGUUUCUGGUUCUUUUGCAUAUUCUUGUAUAUUUUUACUUACUAAUUUUUUAAAGGGCCGUAAGUUAGAAAUCGUAAAAGGCAUUUACGUCUCCUUCUUGAAUUGAAGUUAUUGUAUUGCACUGCGGGAUAAUUAAUGACCCAAAAUGAUAAAUCAAGCUGUCAUCAGGGGCACCCUACGACUGUUUUCUGUAAAAUAUAUGUUCGGAGGAGCAAAUAUUGAUUAGAAUUUUCGGAUCAUUACGUUUCUACCCCACCCAUAAGCCAACAUUUUGCCCAAAAUGAGAAAUAAGUGAUAAUGCGAGAGAGGAAUCAUAGAAAAAUUGUCACUAAUUGCAUCUAACAUUUUUGAGAAAGUUAUACUGAAGCCGUAAUAAUUUUAAAGAGAAUCAAGUUGCCCUAGGAUGACCGAACAGAUACAAAUUUUAGAGCGCACCUCAGAAUGCAUAUCUAGAGAUCUAAAAGUACUCUAGAUAGCCUAAAAUGUGUUUUCAGUGUAUUUAGGAGGAAAACCGUCUGUGGGUGCCCCUGUGUCAUAACAUAUCAUGACUGUUUAGUUGCAAUUUCAAACCUGAGCGCUCUCUUGAAAUUUGAUAAAAGGCUUAUCUAACUUACUUUUCUUCACUCACAAACUUCAGGUUCUGUGAACGCGAAAAACUGUCAAGAGCUUGCUAAAGAAGGUGACGUGGAUGGUUUUCUUGUAGGAGGUGCGUCCUUGAAACCUGAGUUCGUUCAGAUAGUUAAUGCAAGGCUGUGAUACCACGAAACGUCUGCAAUACUCUGUCAUGAGAGGAGCUUGUAAACCACCUAAGAAAAGGAGAAAAAUCUUGUACUAGGGUGUUAGAGAAUAAAGUUUAAGAGUAUAAGUGUUCAUGCAAGCUUUAUUUUCUGUUUUGAUACAGUGCCUUGUGUAUUUCUUUUUUCCUUUCUUUCGUAUCACUAAUAUGAUUUUGUUAUUACAUUUCGAGAUAAUUGAGUGUUAAUUGAGUGGAUAUUGAAUUAUUUGUAUAUUUUAUUGUGAUUUUUGUUUUUAAAAUCUUUUAUGAGGAUCACAAGUUUAUUAGUCUAUGGCUAUUACGAGCUACCCUCCUUAAAUAAAGGCUCCUACUAAUUGAGUUCAAUCCUAAACAUAAUGAUUUUAUUAAAAACUGAAUCACUGGAUAAUACAAUUCUAGAACUCUGAUUGGCUUAGCCAUCAUGGUAUAUGAGCCAUUAUACCAUGCACUCCAAAUAUGGUAAGUGUACGCGUGUGCUCAAAAUUAAAAACAAGCUAAAAAUCGGUUGUUUUUACAAAUAAAGUCGGGAAGAAUUCUCGAUAUUUUGUGGGCGUUUUUAAUUAAACAUGCAAUUAUUCCACUCGCGCUUGUUGGAUAUGAGAUGAUUAUCGCCGCUAUGAUUAUAGCCAACUCGGUUCUAGGCGCCUCGUUGGCUAUGUGUCAUCUCAUAUCCAACGCGCACUCGUGGAAUAAUUGUUACCAAAACCCAGCUAGUGGUCUAUAUCGAUGCUGCGUUCUGAUUGGUUGAGCUACUAUUAGGCUAUAUGUUAUAGCCCACCAGUAGCGAAAAGCGCGGGCUUUUUGUCGGCAAAAAAGGAAAGUCUAGCGUUAACUAGCUAAAUUUUUUUAUUCUCGAUAUUUUUGACCAACUAGUUGGAUUUUACUAAAACAAUUAUUCCUCUCGCCCUCAUGGCCUCUGAGUCAUAACCCAUUCGGCCUUUGGCCUCAUGGGCUAUUGACUCAGAGCCCAUUAGGGCUCGAGGAAUAAUUGUUAAAUAUAUAGUGGAAGAAGGAGAAUUCUUAUACAAGAAAGCUCAGAAAAGUUCGGACGCUCUAACCACUGAGCUAAUACAGGCUCUAUGGCGAACACUACACCACUCACACUACACCAGUCACACAGGAUAUGUUUGAGGUAAACCGGAAAAGGACAUUUCUAUGUUUGGACGCUAAUGUUGAUACUCUGUUAUCGAGAAAUAAAUGACGUGAAUAGUCCUGAGUGACGUGCGUAGCAACUCAGAACAGCCUUUUGUGGUUUUGUUUUUAAAUUGUUUGUUUGUUUGUCUUUGGUCAAGCGGGUUUGUUUGACGUUUUACUACCCACCAAAAUUGAAUAAGGUCAGGAGCCGAUUGCUCCUGAUAAGGUAGAUAUUGCUUUUUUAAUGGCCUUUUAACGAGCUAUAGCGAAAUCUCAUGUUUUGUAAACAAUGUUUUUGUUGUUAAAAUGUGCCCAACAAAAAUCCCAUUUUUCAGGAGUCAAUAAGCCUAUGAUUGAUAACAAUAAGUGACGUAACGCGAAUCUCGCUUAUAAUAAGAUCAAGAUCGCGUGAUAUACGUCAGAGAAUUCAUUUGGCGGAGCGACAGUUUUGGCUUAGAAAAAGAAGGCUUUUUUUGCCGAUUUUGAUUUGCGUUCAACAGGAACAUCAGCGACUGAGUGCCUUCGGCUACAUUUAAGGUUUUUACGGGUUAAUUAAAACGAUUUGUCUUCUCUAUCGCACAACUUGAGUUGCAAAUAUUUUUGUAUCACUUUUCAGACUUUUAUAGCGUUUUAAAGUUAGCAGAGGGGUCCAGGCAGGGAUUUUUAUACUUCUAGAAAAAAUUUUUUAGCUCGCUUCAUAUAUGGAGGAAGGUAGUAUUCUUUCGGAAAUUUAUACCGCCACUCAUUGAGUCUAAGUUUCCUGGAUUCCGCUCCACUGAUUAUUUUAAACCUUUGAGUAAAGUCAACCUGGCAAGAUUGCUCUUUGCACGCUUUCAAGAGUCACGCGGAAAACUUAAGUUGGGGCAUCUAUCACGUCUAUGAAAAAUAAAGAAUAAUUUGCAUUGCAAAGCGCUCUUCGCUAUUUGGUUUGCAUAAUUUAUCAUGGUAUUCAAAUCAGCUCCAUUGUUAAACCGCGUGGCAAAACACAACACAAAAUCAUAACAAACGACGCCAACGAAUGCGGUACGCGGUAUAAGAAAAGUUUUUACCGGUUUUUAAAGGAACUUAUGGCCUCGCCGGUCAGUAAUUUUGAUCAUAUUUUUAGCAAGGAGUCUAUCUGUCCGAUUUGUUUGGAAGAGUAUGUGGAACCGAAGGUUUUACUGUGUUUUCAUAACAUUUGUAAGAAGUGCCUCAAAGAGAUGUUACAUCGUCAUACGCAAACCUUUCACUGUCCGAUUUGUCGCGCUGUUUGUCCUAUACCAGAACGCGGAGUAGCAGGAUUUCCUACAAAUGACUAUUUAGCUCGACUAAUUCGAGAAUCGCCGGCAAAGAAAGUUAUCCAAGAGAUAAAGAACGCGCUUAAAGAGUGUAGCGAAAAGCUGGUAAUCGUGCGACGAAUUCACGACGAAGCUCGCAUCGAUUUGGAAAGGCAAGGAGAGAUGAUCAAGGAGAAAAUUCACGAAGACUUUGAAAAUCUUGUUGACGUUUUGCGAAAGCAAGAAGAACAAUUGUGUAGCGAAGUAGACAGUUUGGUUGAAAAAGAAGAGAAGAAACACCCAGCGUGUUUUCUAUCAUUGCAAACAGAAACGUUAUUGACUCACAUCGAAGGUCGCAUAAAGCUUAGAGAUAUACUGGAUAUUGCGAACGACAAAGAGCACUUGAUGAACAGAAUCAGAGACGCUAAAGUCGCCUGUACUAAACUGAGUCAUCUGCAUUCUGCGGAAACCGAAAAACCCAAAACUUUGUUUAAGUUUAUAGGCAACAAAGAAGUCCUUCAAUGCGUCAGUGGGAACAUGUUUGGUUCAGUGACUUUGAAGGGACACGAACCUUCAAACACGCUAAUUCAAUCACCUGUUUCAGAGAACUUACAAAGCCUUGAUGUGUUAAAACCGGGUACAAGGUUUCAUUCUUUGGACAUCCCGCAACCUUUCAAGAAAAGAUUUCAGCCUUUUGCUGUCGCUAUGAACGAUGAAGGCAGUGUUGCAGUAAGUGAUCAAGGGAAUCACUCAGUCUUGCUUUACAGCAAAGGAGGGGAGUUUUUAGCUCGAAUUGGUGGUAGAGGUGCAAGCCAAGGGAGUCUUGAAUCGCCGACCGGUGUGACGUUCUUGUCACGGCAUCUGAUCGCUAUCGCCGAUGGUUGCCUAUUCGGGAAUCCAGCGAGAAUUCAAGCGUUCGACAGCUCGGGUCGAUUCACUCGCUGUUUGGUUAAAUUAUACGUGAAUUCUCAUUGGUUCACGAGACUUUCAAUGGGCAAUAACGACCAGCUGAUAGUGACAUGUACCCCUGUGAUGCCGGGUUAUGAUGCCUGUAUUAAGGUGUUCAACACCAGCGGAGAUGAAGUUCUCUGUUUCGGAACAGGACUAUCAGGCAAACUUUUGCAUCCUACCAAAGCUGUCUUGCACAACAACGAGUACUUCGUAUCGGACGUGGACAAAAAGAACAAUCGCUGCAUGGUGAGUGUCUUUGACCAACACGGCAAAUAUCUGAGGGCUUUUGGCGAAUGCAUGCUCAAGAAAGACCCUAACGAGCACGCCUUUUAUCCUCUGGUGAUUGCAUUGGAUGUAGCUGAUUUCAGGGUAUUAGCCUACAGUGGAUUAUACAGGCUUGUGCGCUGUUAUUUUCCUAAUGGUGCUUUAGAUUCUUACUAUAAUACACUGGGAGGGGUAACUGAUAUGGCGGUCACCGGGGAUGGGAGAGUGUUUGUUGUUUGUGGAGGUGCUGGGGAGUUUCCUCAUAGUGUGCAAGUAAUUUUUCACUACUAA